GAUAAAUUAACAAAAAUACGUUUAAGCGGUGCUCUAUACAGAAUCAUAAUUGGAUAAAGGCUUUCGAAGUCGAAAAUGCCCUUUUGGUAUAGUGUCGAAACUGCCCUCGCUCACAUGUCACUACUCACAGAAAACCUCCUCAAAACCUCCCUACAGUCUCUGUCGUUCGUCUUCAAUCUCUCUCUGUCUCGUUCGGAUUUUGCUUGAUCCACGGUUUUUUAUCUUCUUACGAAUCAAUCUUCGGUUUAAGAUUCAAUCUUAUUCUCUGUGUUUGGCUCUUGUUUCACUGAAGAUGUCAGGAUCGGAGAUUUUCAAGAGGGGUAGGGGAAGCGAAGAGGAAGCUGAAACGAAAAGGAGGAAAAGGAGACGCCUGAACGUAGAAACUGCUGCCGAAGAGGAAGCUGAAGCAAACAAGAGGAGACACUUGAAAGUGGUAUUCCUGGGGCACUCAGAGGCUGGAAAAUCUACCAUUGUAGGACAGAUUCUUCUUCUUACUGGUCAAGUAGAUGAUCAAGAAAUGCAAAAGUACAAGGAAGAAGCAAAAGAAAAUAGCAGAGAAGGCUGUUAUUUGGCAUAUACAAUGGAUACAGAUGAAUACGAGAGGCGCAGGUUGUAUCUUUACGAUUCUGGAUGUUCCGGGGCACAGGGACUUUGUACCGGAAAUGAUUAUAGGAGCAUCUCAGCAGAUGUUGCUGUGCUGGUGAUUUCGGCUAGGAGAGAUGAAUUUGAAACAGGAUUUCAAGAGGGUGGGGAGAUGGAGAUGGUCGGGCAGACACGUGAACAUGUUCAAAUCGCCAGAGGGUUGGAUGCCUUUUUGCCGAUACCUGGUCUUCUUGGCAUCAAUAUGGACAAGGACAUGGAUGAAGAUGUUUGUCCUUGGUGGCGUGGCCCGAACUUGUUUGAAGCACUUGACUCUGUUGAGUUUGUUCGGCUAGCGAAUCCUAAUGGUCCAUUCAGGAUGCCUAUUUUCUCACAUUACAAAGACGAGGAAACUGUUGUCAUGGGUAACGUGGAAUCUGGCUGCAUUCGGGAGGGUAAUUUCUUGAGCCUUAUGCCAAACCAGGUACCUGUUGAAGUCAUUGCUCUGUAUUGCGAUGAGGAUAUAGUUGAUCAAUCAGGACCACGUGACAGUCUCAUAGUUUAUCUAAGAGGCAUUGAAGAUGAGGACAUUGUAUCAAGUUAUGUAUUAUCUAGCCUCGUACAACCUACUCGUGCUGCAAACACGUUUUUGGCCCACCUAGAAUUUCUGAAGCAGCCUCAAAAUACUAUUUUUUAUGCUGGCUACAAAGCCGUUCUUCACACCCAUGCGGUGGUAGAGGAAUGUGAGAUAACCGAGAUGAUACCCCCUGGAGUAGGAGUGAUGUAUGCCACGGAUGAUGAUGAUGAUGCUAUAUGCCGUAUACAGGUUGACCAUGGUCCCAUUUGCAUGGAAGCAUUCUCGCAUCGCUUAGGAAGAUUUGUGCUAAGAUGUGGAAGGAAAACGAUUGCUGUCGGUUAUGUCGUUUAGGAGUUGUUUUCGAAACCUUUUGGACUACGGAAUUAUGUUGUUGUUCGUACAGUUUUUUUUUAUGAGUGAGAUUCUACAGGAAUUUUGACUUUUUAUGCAAUUCGAAAAUUUAAAGGGUGGUUUUUGUUACCAUGACUCUAAAAUAGGGUCUUUUCGACAUCUUGUUGAUAUUAAUCGAGGACUUUCGCUGA